UUUGCUGUUGACUUAUAUGUAUAUUCAGGAAAGAUGUCUCAGAGAAGCAUCUUGGAUAAUGGUUUUGAUGAAGGAGAUAAAGAUACACAUAAGGUUGACCCUGGGAAAUCACCAUCACUGUCUUGGAAGAGAAAACUAAAUGGUGAGGGACGUGUUCCUUCAAUGUUCACUCUAACUUUUCAAGAGAAACUUCAUAUGGCUCCCAUAGGUAUUCGGUUAUGGCAACAUAUACGAGAAAACUCAGCCAAAGGAAAGCGGGGUAUUAUUAUCGACCCAUUUGCUAAGCGCUAUAUCACAUCUUGUCAUGGUAUUCCUCUUGGUGGUGUUGGUGCCGGAAGCAUAGGAAGGAGUUACAAGGGUGAAUUUCAGCGCUGGCAACUAUUUCCUAGAAUAUGUGAAGAGAAACCAGUUUUAGCAAACCAGUUUUCUGUUUUUGUUUCACGCUCAAGCAGCGAAAAGUAUUCUAGUGUAUUGUGCCCAUCAAGUCCUGAGCUAGUCAAAGAAGAUGCGGUCUCAGGAAUUGGUUCUUGGGAUUGGAAUCUUAGGGGUUCUAAUUCUACAUAUCAUGCUUUAUACCCAAGGGCUUGGACAAUAUAUGAAGGUGAACCUGACCCAGCACUUAAAAUUGUUUGUCGACAAAUUUCACCUGUUAUUCCCCAUAAUUACAAAGAAAGCAGCUUUCCCGUUACAGUUUUUACUUUCACUCUAUAUAACACGGGAAACACCACCGCAGAUGUCACGUUGCUUUUCACUUGGGCUAAUUCUGUGGGAGGAGUAUCUGAAUUUUCUGGUCGUCACUCCAAUUCAAAAAUAAUGAUGAAGGAUGGUGUGCAUGGUGUCCUUUUACAUCACAUUACUGCCGAUGAGCUACCUCCUGUGACAUUUGCAAUCGCAGCGCAGGAGACUGAUGUUGUUCGUGUUUCGGAAUGCCCUAGCUUUUUGGUAUCUGGGAACUCAGAAGGCAUAACUGCAAAAGAAAUGUGGCAAGAAAUAAAAGAGCAUGGCUCUUUCGAGCAUUUGAGAUCUACUGAAGCAUCAGUGUAUUCGGAACGAGGGUCCUCUAUUGGUGCAGCCAUUGCAGCUUCCGUGACGGUUCCAUCUGAUGCUGUACGCACUGUUACAUUUUCAUUGGCGUGGGACUGUCCUGAAGUAAACUUUCAUGGUGGAAAGACUUAUUACAGGCGUUAUACGAAGUUCUAUGGAACCGAUGGAAAUGCUGCAGCAAAUAUUGCACUUGAUGCUCUUCUUGAACACACCCAUUGGGAAUCACAGAUUGAAGCAUGGCAAAGGCCUGUACUUGAAGACAAGAGGACCCCUGAAUGGUACCCUAUCACUUUAUUCAAUGAGCUCUAUUAUCUUAAUUCAGGGGGGACGAUCUGGACAGAUGGAUCACCUCCAGUCCAUAGUUUAGUAAGCAUUGGAGGAAAGAAGUUUUCCCUUGAUAGAUCUCAGUUAGUAUUGAAAAAUAUUAUUGGUGUUCGCCAUCAAAAUGAUACUGCCAUUGACAUUCUAGGAAGGAUGACUAAUAUACUUGAGCAAAUACACACUCCAACUGCAUCGAAUUCGGCUUUAGGAACAAAUUUGCUUCAAGAAGGAGAAGAAAACAUUGGUCAAUUCCUUUAUCUCGAAGGAAUUGAGUAUCACAUGUGGAACACCUAUGAUGUUCACUUUUAUGCAUCUUUUGCACUGAUCAUGUUGUUUCCUAAACUUCAGCUCAGCAUCCAAAGAGAUUUUGCUGCUGCAGUAAUGAUGCAUGAUCCUAGCAAGAUGAAACUUUUACAUGAUGGACAGAUGGUUCUGAGAAAAGUUCUUGGAGCUGUUCCACAUGAUAUUGGAGUCGAUGACCCGUGGUUUGAAGUAAAUGCGUAUUGCCUUUACGACACUGAUCGAUGGAAAGACUUGAAUCCGAAAUUUGUUCUCCAAGUUUACAGGGAUGUCAUUGCCACCGGUGACAAGAAGUUUGCAGAAUCUGUUUGGCCCUCUGUUUAUGUUGCAAUGGCUUAUAUGGAGCAAUUUGACAAGGAUGGUGAUGGGAUGAUUGAGAAUGACGGCUUCCCCGAUCAGACAUACGAUACAUGGUCUGUGUCUGGUGUAAGUGCCUACAGUGGUGGGCUCUGGGUAGCAGCCUUACAGGCUGCAUCUGCUUUGGCACGUGAAGUAGGAGACAAGGGUUCUGAAGAUUACUUUUGGUACAAGUUUCUGAAAGCAAAAGAUGUCUAUCAGAAAUUGUGGAAUGGCUCUUACUUCAAUUACGACGACAGUGGUAGUCACACAAGUUCGUCUAUUCAGGCUGAUCAGUUGGCCGGCCAAUGGUAUGCAAGGGCAUGUGGUCUUUUUCCAAUAGUUGACGAGGUCAAAGCAAGAAGCGCGUUAGAGAAGGUAUACAAUUACAAUGUCUUAAAAGUGAAAGGUGGGAAGCGAGGGGCUGUAAACGGGAUGCUGCCCGACGGAAGAGUCGAUAUGUCGUCGAUGCAAUCGAGAGAAAUAUGGUCUGGAGUUACAUAUGCAGUGGCUGCAACAAUGAUCCAUGAAGAUUUGGUGGAUAUGGCAUUUCAUACUGCAAGUGGAAUCUUUGAAUCUGUGUGGUCUGAAGAAGGACUUGGUUACUCAUUUCAAACCCCGGAAGGUUGGAACACAGAGGAUCAGUAUAGAUCUCUAACAUACAUGCGUCCGUUGGCCAUAUGGGCAAUGCAAUGGGCAUUAUCAAGACCAAAACUUGCAAAGCAGAACCUAAAAUCCCAAGUGAAGGCAGAUUCCCUACGUACACACCAUACCGGAUUCUCCAAAGUUGCUCGCCUUCUAAAAUUGCCUGAAGAUCAAGGUUCCCCAAGUCUUUUCCAGAUUAUAUUCGAAUAUACUUGCAAGAGAAUGUUGGCUUAAUUGUUACUGCUGUAGUGAGUGUGCAAUGCGCUAUUCAAUAAUUGAAAAA